UUUGUCAAAACCUAAAAAAGUGAUUGCAUAUUUGGUCACAAUUAACCAAAAACCCACUAAUAAAAAUGGCGACUUUAGUGGUGGCGACCACCGCUGAUCCGGCGUCGAUCAACCCUGCCAAAGCUCUCCUGGCCAUGCCCGGUUGGCAGCCGGGCCCCACUCUGGAUGGUGGCAUCAGGAGCUUCAAGAACGGCGACGGCCUCCGGUUAUUGGAACAGGACAAGUUCAUAAUCGACGAAGACGAUCUCGACCUCAGAUGGGAGGCCGCCACCGGCGAGACUGUAUCGGAGCUCAUUUUUCUUUCUCGACAUGUCGCCGUUUCGAAUCGUCCAGCACUAACAAUUCAUCCUAUAGGGGUACCUCAUUUGAAGGAUGGAGAUGUUGUACCACAAGGAGGAAGGCCAGGCUGGGCUGCUCCACCUUGUCCACGUAUUGGGCCGUGGCUUUUGCUGCUGAAAAAAAUUGCUGACUCCCACAAUUUACUGCCUGAAUUUGAGAUAACAUUAGAAGCUACUCAUCAUGGACCUGUAACAACAAAACCAACAAUGUUCAUUGAGAUAGGUAGCGCGGAGGAAUACUGGGGAAGAGAGGAUGCUGCUCGUGUGGUGGCUCAAUUAGUUUGGGAAGGCCUUGGUCUCGGGGAAGGUAGUCCAGUUGGAAUUUGGAGCAGGAAAGGUGGGAUUUGGGUUGGGCACCUUCUCUCGGGAUAUUCUCUGCCAAUGGAGGAUCCUGGAAAAUCGAACGUGAAAGUAACUGCCGAAAGUAUUGGAGGGACAUGGAAAGAGGCCAUUAAAGUUGCUUUUGAUGCUACAAAAGCAGCCUUUCCCGGUGGAGAAAUUUUGGCACAUCUUGAUCACAAGAGUUUCAAGGGCUGGCAAAAGAAUGCUAUUGUAGAAUUUUUAGGGACUCAAAGCGUAAAGAUCGGCAAGCAGUCGGACUUCUGUUGAUAAAAUGAUAUUUUGAAGUUGCAUAAUUUGAUAAUUUUCCUGGCAAUCAUGGCCAUAUUUAAGACUCAGAUUAGUAAUUAAUUAUCCCAGUCAUAGGUGCUAGCUGCCAACAAAAAGUUGGACCAUUUCCUCUUUUUCCUUUUACCUUUUUAAUCCAAUUGUAAGACGGAGACUAUGUUUGUGAUUUUGGGAGAAUAAUGCAUCAUAGAUUAGGUUGUUUUUUUAUUUUGUCUCCCUUUUGUUUUGCAUUUUAUUUUUGUGUGUGUGAGUGAGUGUGUGUUUAGAUGUAUAGUUGUAAAAAUGUUGGGCUCGUGCUAGCACAAGCCCGUCUGCUCGAUGUCAUGGGUCGUUCAUUUCUAU